GCGCCUUCAUGCUUUUUUGGUGCUGAUUUCUUGCGUAAAGGCCACUCCCUUUUCUAAGAGAAACCUUACGGUGAACCUGCAGGGCGACUCCACACUCUGAAAGGUGCACCGAGCCCUUUAAAGUGUUUUUUUGACGAGUGGAUGAAAAUCUCCUCCAGUUGUCUUUCAGCCCACAAUCGUUUUCCUUUAGUGAAGACAACAAGCAACCAAAAACAAUGAGCAUUCAGAGAACAAAGAGCAUUUUUAAAGUUCUGCUUUACUUUGCAAUUGCAUUGUGCAUCGUGUUCUUCACAGCUCCAUCUGUGCGGCUUUUAAUAGGACUCCUGCCGAUGGACAAGUGUUCUUUGGAAAGUGUAGAAAUGCUGACUCCUGGUAACAGCGCAGAUGCAGGCCUCAAUCUUUGGUCUCGAAGUGACGUACAGACCUGCACAUCCUGGAACGCUCCUAUCAUCUGGGAAGGAAUGUUUAACCCCCGUCAUUAUGACCAGAUACACAGAGACGAAGGCUCUUCUGUCGCCUUAACUGUGUUUGCCAUUGGCAGGUACCUGGAUGCCUACCUCGAGGCUUUCCUGAAUUCAUCAGAGAACCACUUCAUGGUCAGUUUGCCCGUGUCAUACUACGUGUUUACGGACACUCCUGAGAAAGUGCCAAACAUCAAGCUCGCCCCGGAUCGGCGCCUGACAGUAAUGAAAGUGGAAAGACACACACGGUGGCAGGACAUCUCUAUGAUGAGGAUGAAGGCAAUAUCAGACCUUAUAGAGUCAGACAUCCGACUCCACUCCACGCACGUCUUCUGCUUUGAUGUUGAUCAGGUGUUCACUGGAAGAUUUGGCCCUGAAGCUCUGGGAGAUACUGUAGCUCUGCUUCACGCCCACUACUAUCACCUCCCAGAGAUGCUGUUCACUUACGAUCGCAACCCAAAAUCCAAGGCGUUCAUGAAAACUGGGGAUUUUUACUACCACGCUGCUGUCUUCGGAGGCUCCUGGAAAAGCGUGAAGGCCCUGACAGAGGCCUGCUACAAGAGCAUCAUGGAGGAUAAGAAGCACAACGUAGAGGCCUUGUGGCACGAUGAGAGUCAUUUAAACAGGUACUUUUGGCUUCACAAGCCUAGCAGGGUUCUUUCUCCAGAGUAUUGCUGGGACACUAGCAUCGGUUAUAGAACUGACAUAUGUGUGCAGCGGCUGCUGUGGGCACCCAAAAAUUACUAUCAGCUCAGGACAUCAUAGAUUGAUGCAUCUCAAGCUUUUCAGCUUCUAAGCUACAAACAGCAGCUCAAGAGCCUGAAAUCACUAGCUGUGGUAUACUGGUUACUCUCAAUGAAUAAAAAAAAAGCAUCAACAACAUAAUUUAUUUCAAUAAUUUAUUUCUGAAGAAUCUCAGGUAUGUUGUUGAUUCAUCAAACACAGAGUGAUAGAUCUCAAGAAUAUAUUCCUGCUAAUUUUGAUGAUUAUGCUUACAGCUAAUGAAAACAGAAAUUCAUGUUUCUCAGAAUAUUUCAAUAUCAAUUAGAACUAAUUCAAAAAGGAUUUUCAGAACAGGAGUUUUUGCCAAUGGGGAACUGUGUCCAUAUACAGUAUCUGCACUCAUUACUUGGUCGGGGCUCCUUGUGCAUGAACAUCUGCAACCAAAGGGGGACCUCAGUUGUAUCGGGUAAUGAAGCGCUGACUCCCACCUGCAGUCCAUGCCUUGGGAAUCUCUUUGACAGGUCUUGGCAUUUCAAUCCUCUAUUACAGGGGUUUCUAAAGUGUGGGCUGGGGGCCAUUCAGAGCCCUUGGAUUAAUUUUGUGUGGCCCCCAUGACAGCAGUUCAAGAAUGGUACAAAGUUGUCCCUCUAGCGAAGCAAAUGAUGUUGCAGGUGGGCAUUUUUACGAUUUUGUUUAGGCUUGGAAUUUGAAGGACAAAUUUAUCUAUUCUUAAAUAGGAAAUGUUGGAUACAACACAAAGUAUUAGGCUUUUUGCCUUAUCAUGGUAUUUAGGGUCACAAACAUCCAGAAGCUUUUUGCUCAAAAACAGACUUUUGGCACAACUAUUCAAUAAACCAAGGUGAAUAAAGUAAGGAUUUCUGAAGAAAGUUCUUGUUUUAGUUGCUCGAAAAAGACUAAAAACAUUUUCUAGACCAACAAAAUAAAAAUGAAACCUUGAACCCAAAAAGUUAGGAAACUGCGCACCUUUCUUUUAUCAUGGCAAACAUCUAACCCCAUUUUAGAACUUAAAAUAAGUUGUUCUUCUUUAACUUUGUUACUGAAAUAUUACAUGUUUAACAUAUUUCUGAGCAGAUGAAAAGAAAAUAGUUCACAUUAAAAUAUUUUGUUGUUAAUUUAAAAAAAGGUCCUACAGUACAUUUAACUGUAAUUUUGGCUCGUUUGGACCUCACUGUGCUAUGAUGCUAGUUUUAACAAUUUAUGGCAACAAUUUUAAUCCAUUUAAGAACACUUUGUUAGAAGUCCUUCACUGUAUUUCUGCGGAUCAUCACAAGAUUUCCUACCUGGUGUUUGGGAGCCAAAUGAAUAAUUCUUACAUGAAAGCCAUAGGAAAAAUUUGUUUAUAUAUUAUAUGGGACCUAGAUGGUUUGAAACCUGGUGUCCAGAAGACAUACAUGACAAGUUUAUUUGUUUUUAUUAGAAAUAUUGUAUAUCAAUGCAAAGUUUGAUCUCUCAGUUGAUGCAGAGAAGGAAGGAAGGAGGAAUGGAGAUAAAGAGGUGAAAUUUCCAGUGAUGGAAACAAAUGAUUAUUGUUUGUAGUCUUAAAAGAAAAAAGCUGGACGUUUUAUAUGACGCAUCAUGGAAAAUAUUAACAAAUGAUUUAGGUAUCUGCUCAUCAGCUUCCCUCCCUCCCAGCUGCCUCUUUAACAGACUGCACUGAUGAUGUUUGUGGAGGAGGGGAUGUAAAUUUGUUACACACUGAUUAUACAAAUAAAGAUUUUUUUUCAUUUGAAAAGCCACUGGUUUUUCCUCUUAAAAAUUGACUGACUGACAUAGGAGAAGUGGAAUGUCUGUGCCCACUCAUUAAGUUCGACGAUCCAAGCUGAAUGGUUAAAAUAGUUCUCAGGUUGGUUUGCAGCUAUAUAGAGGUCUGUGAAAAUGUAUUUGCCCCUUAAGGAUUUCUUCUCCUAAUGCGCUUUUAUCACACAUAAACGUUUCAGCUCAUGCAAGACAAUGAUAACCAGAGUAAAUACAAAUAGUGAAGUUUUCAAGUGAAGAUUUAUUAUUAUAUGAAAAAGUUAUCCAAACCAAAAUGGCCCAUGAACACAGACAUUAGCUGAGGAAAAUAAGGCUGGCAUUUCUUUAGAUGUUGUUGUGUGACCUCUUGGAGGAGUCAUCAAAGCACUCUUGGAGUGUUUUUGCUAGGCCAGCUGCUCUUUGGAAGGUUUACCACUGAUCCAUGUUUUCUCCAUUUGUGGAUCUAGUUGCUCCUACUGUGGUGUCACUGGAGUCUCACAGCCUUAGAAAUUACAUUUUAACCAUUUCCAGAUUGAUAGUUGACUUUCUCAUCUGUUCUUAAACUUCUUUACACUGGGGUAUGAUGUACAACUUUACGGCAUCUGUUAGCCUACUUCAUGUUCUCAGACAGGUCCUACAUAACGGUGAGAAAGCAAGUAGGUCUGGCUGUAGCUAAUAAGGUCAAACUCUGCUUCCAUAAAAAUGUGUUAACCCACAGUUUACUGAUGAAUAAACAAGAAUGACAAUUACUUUUUUUUACAUAAGGCAGAGUUGUUUUGGAAAGUUUCUUUCGUCAUCAGUUGCCCGCAUUUGUAUAUACUAUUAUCUUUUUUAUAUAAAAAAUUUGUUGAUAAUUUGAAACAAAAUGCCAAAACAGAAUAAAUCUGUAAGAGUAAAAGUUUUUUGAAAGCAACUGGUGUAAUUAUUAUAGUAGUAAAAACUCCGACAGGGUGAGGUGGAACAUGUGACAAUAGUACAAACUAACAAAGAAUUCCAUAAAACUAAUACAUUUUAAGUUAUUUUUAAUCAUUAUUAUUGCCAUUAUGUGUUAUUGGAACCUUUAUUUCAACACAGGCAGCUAGUUUUGAAUAUAGUCAUUUUGUAUUUUUGCCAAGCCAAACUAUCCGUUUUUUUUAUUUUCCUCUGACUAGAUUACUUGAUCUGUAUUUUAUUAAAUAGUGGAGAUAUUGUAGAUAGCUUUUAAGAUGGGGGUAUUUGACUUGAACCACAGACUAUAUUAUGAAUAUUUAAUCAGUUUAAAUGUGUAGAUUCUACUUAAAAACCCUUGUUUGAGUUUCAUACAUGCUCGGAUCUGCUGAGGUUGAAAGACAGUCUGGCUUCUCACCCGAGCCUUGUUUUUAAUGUUCUGUGAACCAGAUUUCAGUUGCAAUUAAUACGUUUUUACGUGUUGGAUUCCUUAUUUUUUAAAACAAGAUGUGAAAUUCUCAAGUGAAAAAUAAAACUCAGGUUUUAAUGUUUUUUGUUUUUUUUCUUCUGUACAAUAAUGAGCUAACCUUGAAAAAGAUGCAUGUUUUUUUCAGUGGGACUUCUUGUGGCCUUUAUUUUAUUUUUUAUUGGAAGCACAUUUCAAAUUGCAAACAUUAAUUUUCAUGUUCCGUUAAAUCUAUGUAUUUUAAAUCUGUCUUUUUAUCUCGCUUUCAGAAAUGUUCUUGUCAUGAAAGCCAAGCAUUUGUCUAUUUUUAUAUCACUGCGGAAUAAUCUACAUAUUUAUAAUGUAACAGUAAUUUGCACUGAAACUUCACAAGUAAUGCAUACAGGUCAGCAUCACAUUCUCUAUUUGUGGAAUUGUAAUUUGGUGUUAUUUGAACAUGUCUGUGCCAUCUGUUAUGUUUUCUAUCUAAGAGACAUAGUGUGAAAUGUACAUGUGUAAAACUUUUGCAACAACAGUUAAAAGAUAACAAAACCCUCAUAUAUUCCAUGAGAAAGCAUGAAUUUAACAGUGCAUAUGCUAUGCUUGAGCAAAAGGAGGUCAGGUAGCACAGAGGUUUCCUGCUUGUGCUUGUUUGUAGGGGGUUGGGUGCGCUCUACCAUUUGUAAUGACACAAAACCACAAUGGAAAUGUUUUGAUAAAUCCUGAAUAUUCAAUAAAGUCCAUGUGUUUCCUUGUGA